UUCGUUUGACGCACCCUCGUGUACUUGCAUGGGUCAACAGAAACAUACUAGAAGGGAGAUUCGAUCUCCGAGCCGGUAUAGCCGGAGUGAUGAGAGAUAAGGAAGUCCACGACGAGCGACAUACUUUGCGGAAACCCUAUGAAAAGUUGACGGAAGGGACGAUAACCUCGGAUCCGAAAUCCCUCUCUCCGACACCGAACGCAAGUGUGGAACCCCCGACGACCUUUCUCAAGGUUCUGUUACGCGACGUACAGUUUUCCCUCGCUACUGGCGGCACCGCGAUCGAAUUCGCAAGUGUGACCUUGACGACUUUUUGGGAAAUUUGUGAAUCGGUUGAAACGGAAACGGGAUUCGAAGCGCUGCAGUCCGUCACGAUGACCAGUCUGGGAACCUUUCCAAUGUCCGAACGAUCCUUGCCUCGUAAUACGGAAGGGUUGGAGUCCACACGUCUUGAGCAGGGUUUGAAUACCGGAUACAUUCGGAGCGGUGGUGGUAACGAGCUUUUGCAUCGAGUAGGACCGUGGACAUAUUUAUGUGCAGCGCACGCCGAAGGUCAACCAGAAAAUUACUCCACUCUGCGGGCUUUCAUCGACAAGGUCACCGCCGCUAAUCGAUCGGGCGGAUCAAGGGGCGUUGAUUUUCCCGGGGUGAGCUGCGUUCACUUCAAAGAUAUUUUGAUCAGAGGUCCCGUAUCGCCAGGAAAUGAUUCGGGGAAUUCCGUCGAUGAAAGAGAAUAGAGAGAGAGAGAGAGAAAAUUAACUACUCUAGUUCGACGAUCGGACGAACAUCCGAUAAAGCGAUCGACGGCGAUGAUUUUAUCGUUUAAUUGCGGUUUUCUAUUUGAAUAUCCAACUGCAACAGUUUUUCAUCUUCGAAUAUUGCGCGAAGCGAAACUACGACGCUUGAGUGGAUUUUCUAUCUUUAUUUCUGUAAAAUCUUGGCGCGAAUUCGUCGCGCCGUACAAAUGUAAUAUUGAGACAGUGCCAAAUAUCUGAUUA